CUACAUGUACAGCACCUGCAGCGUUUUGCUUUUUUGAAGUCGAGACAAGCUCCGACAUGUCAGCCAGAGAUUAUGAAAUUCUGAGCGGCAGCAGUCUUGGAAGGAAUUGCAUCCCAACAGGCCAACAGCUUCCAAGGACUCCUCUGUCAGAUGUAAAGAGACGCCUGGAUCUUGAUGAAGAUUCAGAUGAAAGUCUUGAGGAACCACAGGAGAACACGGCGCAGACAGGUGCCAGAGAUCAAUACAACGACUUGAACAGGACGCUUGAUGUCAGCACUCCUGAGAAAAGAACAGAAAGUACUUUGGAAACUGGUUACCUAAACUCCAUGCUGAAAGGGAUGAAGGGGUAUCAGCUGACAGCAGGUGACUUGGAGUUUAUUAUGAAGAUGAAAGAAGAAGAGCGCCUUAAAAAACUGGAGGGAGAGCUGGAAGAGGUGCGGAGGUCAUUGCAAAAGGAAACGAUGGCCUUUGAGCAGGCGUGUGCUUCCAGGGACAUGGCACAGGCUGAACUCAACAAGCUCCCAUCCUGUGAAGAGCUCACGGAGUGCGCACAAGUGGUCCUCAAAAUGACAUCGCCAUCGGCCGAGUUCAUGGACCUGGAUGCCAAGGCUCUCCUGGCCAUGAUGAUGAAAGAACAAGUCCAGAGGGCCAUGGAUGAGAAGAGGACCGAACUCAGUCAGAUGGAGAAGAUGCUGGCAAAGAAGUAA